AUGGCGAAUGUGUACAAACCGAGGAACAUCCUCAUUACUGGAGCUGCCGGCUUCAUUGGUUCCCAUGUUGUCAACCAACUCAUGCGGAACUAUCCUGAGUACAAGAUUUUGGUCCUUGACAAGCUUGAUUACUGUUCAAAUUUGAAAAACCUUCACCCUUCACAUUCGUCACCCAACCUUAAGUUUAUCAAGGGAGACAUCUGCAGUGCUGACUUUGUCAAUUCAAUUCUUCUCAACGAGUCCAUUGAUACAAUAAUGCACUUUGCAGCCCAGACCCAUGUCGACAACUCUUUCGGUAACAGCUUUGAGUUCACUAAAAAUAACGUCUACGGUACACAGGUUCUCUUAGAAGCAUGCAAAGUCACUGGUCAAAUCAAAAGGUUCAUUCAUGUAAGCACAGACGAAGUGUAUGGGGAGACAGAUGAGAAUGCUGUGGUGGGAAAUCAUGAGGCUUCUCAGCUUCUUCCGACAAAGCCCUACUCUGCAACUAAAGCUGGAUCGGAGAUGCUUGUCAUGGCGUAUGGGCGUUCAUAUGGAUUGCCGGUGAUAACGACCAGAGGAAAUAAUGUUUACGGCCCCAAUCAGUUUCCUGAAAAGAUGAUUCCGAAAUUCAUUCUAUUGGCUAUGCAAGGGAAGCGUCUUCCGAUUUAUGGAAAUGGAUCCAAUUUCAGAAGUUAUCUCUAUUGUGAGGAUGUCGCAGAGGCAUUUGAAGUCAUUCUUCAUAGGGGUGAGGUAGGCUGUGUCUACAACAUCGGGACAAAGAAAGAGAGGAAAUUGAUUGAUGUGGCUAGGGAAAUUUGCCAACACUUCUCUUUGAACCCAGAUGCACAUAUUAAGUUUGUGCAGGAUAGGCCUUUUCAUGAUAAGAGAUAUUUCAUUGAUUACAAGAAGCUGAAAGCCUUGGGAUGGCCCCAACAGACGUCGUGGGAGGAUGGGUUGAAGAAGACAUUGGACUGGUACGUGAAGAAUCCCUACUGGUGGGGGGAUGUUUCUGGAACACUACUUGCUCGCCCGAGAAACUGCAAAGUUUCUUCAAAUUUUUCUUUUUAA